UCACCCCAACAAGAAAGGUGAUGAAGACGAUGGGUAACACCACCCAAAGUCGAAUAUUGGAGUCCAGCAAAAGCUCCGGCUCAGCCAUACAGCCUGCUAGCUUAACUGAAGAAUCAAAGACACACAGCAUGGCGAGCUCCUGAAACAGAGAAGAAGACGCUCCUGCUGAAAAGACAAUAUUACAAUCCUACAAACUCUCAGAUGCGGCAGUCUGUGAUAUUAAAACGAGUUCCUUGAUCAAACGUGUCUCCUCUACAUUAAACUAUGAGAGCUGAUAAAAGGCUUGGUCGGAGUGAACGUAGUGGAAGAUAUGGUUCGGAUGGGAGGAGAGAUGAUCCAGAAUGGCAGGAAAGACGGAGUCGGGACCUGGAGAGAGAUUAUGAUCGACGAUGGGAUGAUUAUAGACAACAAGAGUGCUUUGACGAGCACAGGGAGAGUCUAGAGCAGAGGGGCCGAAAACGGCGCAACAGUGACAUAUCCGAUGAUGAAUGCGAUGGGGAUUAUCCUGAUCAGGACUGCAAAAUGGAGCUGGAGGAGAGCAAGACUAUUAUGCUGAGGGGCCUUACUCUUUAUGUCACAGAGGAUGAUAUCCGCUUGGCGCUCGAGCAGCUGCUGGGGCCCCAGCCUGUGGACAUUCGGUUGACGAGGAAAAGGACCGGUAUAAGCCGAGGUUUCGCCUUCGUGGAGUUUUAUCACUUGCAAGAUUCUACCCGAUGGAUGGAGACCAAUCAGAACAAGUUGGUGAUCCAGGGGAAAAACAUUGCGGUGCACUACAGCAACAGGAGACAGGCGAAGUUUGAAAACUGGCUUUGCGUUGCAUGUGGUCUGUACAAUUUCCGGAAGAGGUUGAAGUGUUUCAGGUGUGGGACGGCCAAAGUUGAGGGAGAGUCACCAGGACUAAGUGGUUUAAAUGUUGAGUCUCAACAGCCAGGAGAUUACAAUGGAGACACAAUAAUCUUGAGAAACAUGGCCCCUCUUGUAAGUGUUGAUGGAAUUUUGAACUUAUUGGCCCCUUAUGCCAACCUGUCAGCGGGCAACAUCCGCCUCAUCAAAGACAAGCAAACGGGACAGAAUAGAGGCUUUGCCUUUGUUCAGCUCUCAUCUCCCUUGGAGGCUUCUCAGCUGCUCACCAUUCUCCAGAGCCUUCAGCCACCUCUAAAACUGGAUGGAAAAACAAUUGGUGUGGAUUAUGCCAAGAGUGCCAGGAAAGACUCAGCGCAGCCUGAUGGGAUCAGAGCCAUUGCUCUCUCUGUUGCCAGCACAGCCAUUGCUGCCGCUCAGUGGUCAUCCAGCCAGUUGCAGCAAGGUUCAGGUGCCACCUCUGACUACGUUGCUUCAGAAAGCUGUGCACAGCAAACAUCGGCACAGAGCUAUCAAGUGUUGCAGCCGGAGGUGUUUGCUCCUGUCAUUGGAGAUGGAUUACUCGGAGCUGCUCCAGGAAUGAAUACCUUGAUGCCUGCAACGGCAGGUGUGGUCAUAUCCCAGACGGCUCAGGUUUACCAACCUGUCAUUAACAGCAAGCCUGCAUUACAGUUCAUGAGCCUUGAUGAUGCAACACAACAGACUGCUGGUGUUUCCACUGCUGCAGCUCCGGCCUGCGCUGCCCCAACUGCUAACACAGCAGCUGCCCCUGACACCUCCACGUACCAGUAUAAUGAGUCUUCAGGUUACUAUUAUGAUCCACAGACCGGCCUCUACUAUGAUCCCAUCAGCCAAUACCACUAUAACUCAGAGACUCAGCAGUACCUCUACUGGGACAGUGAGAAGGAGACGUACGUCCCUGCACCGGGCGACUCCGACACGAGCACAGAACAAGUGUCGGCUAACAGUUCCUCAGCCACAAACAGUAAAGAGCCCAAAUAUAAAAAAUACAAGCCCAAAAGCAAGUCUGCACAACAGAUCGCAAAGGACAUGGAGCGUUGGGCAAAAAAAAAGAAUAAGCAAAAAGAAGGUUUUAAGAGCAGUUUCCAAGGCGUUUCACCUUCCAAGGAGGAAGAGAGGAGAGAGUCUGCAGCUGCCGAUGCAGGUUUCUUCAUCUUUGAGAAAAAGCAAACGCGAGGCUUUGAGAUUCCUUCUUUCAUGAUCCAACAAUUCAGGAUCACAGAGCCGGAGACUUCAGCUAAGAGCGGUCUGUUUGCUGCUUACGACGGAGACAGUGACCCGGAGGAGGGCAGCCCAGAAAGAGCAGCAGAUGAGGAGGAAAGAAUAAUGGAUUGGAAUAAUAUGGUUUGUCUGCUCUGUCGACGGCAGUUCCCAAACAAGGACGCUCUGCUGCGUCACCAGCAGCUCUCCGACCUCCACAAGCAAAACUGGGCAAUGCAGAGAAGAUCAAAACUCACAGAAGCUGAGCUGGAGGAGCAGGAGAGGAAAGAAACUGAGCGGAAGUACAGAGACAGAGCUGCAGAGAGACGGGUGAAGUACGGUGUUCCCGAACCUCCUACACCGAAGAAGAAGAAUAAUAAUAAGAAGAAAUUCUACUAUCCGCCAACACCUACAGUAACCAAAGACGACAGCCUUACGAGUGAUAACAUCGGGAACAAAAUGAUGCAAGCGAUGGGCUGGCAGGAAGGCAAAGGUCUCGGUCGCCACCAACAAGGCAUCACCGCUCCCAUCUCGGCUUCAUUAAGGACCAAGGGCGCAGGCUUGGGUAUUAAAGGAACCUCGUAUGAACUCUCAGCAUCUGACACCUACAAGGAUGCCGUUCGUAAGGCCAUGUUCGCACGCUUCACUGAGAUAGAUUGAAGCGGUGAGAGAAUCGUACUGAACCGGGAAAUAUGAAUUUUGUGGCCAAAUGAUUCUACUGUGAAAAAGAGAAAAUAACCCCCCCCCCCCCCCCCCCCCUGCACAGACUUAAUUAACUCAUUUCUAUCUUCUCUAUGUAUAUAAAAUGUAGUUUGGUUUUAUAUACCUUUUCAGUUGAAUGAACCAUGUUGUGUAGUGUGUAUAAAAUCAUGUGGACCUGCUGAGGUUUUGUUUCUGUGAAAAUCUAAAAUAAAGCCAACCUCCUGUGUUUAACAAUA